GAAAACAACGGAAAAUCUGGUGAGUUUCCUGGUGAGGAUACAGACAGGAAUGGUGAAAAAGGGGAUGAUUAUGAGAAGCUCUAUUUCUUCCUCAGUGUGGCAUUAGGUUUCAUUGUGGGGUUCUGGGGAGUUUGCGGCACUCUCGUCAUCAAGAAGUCCUGGAGGCAUGCAUAUUUUCGUUUCCCCAAUAAAGCAAAAGAUAGGUUUCUUGAAUUCUCAGUUAACAAUAAUUGUCUGCAAAGGGAAGGCUCCUGAAAUCCAUCAAAUAUCUAAAUUAGAAUGUAAACACGUUUCAGCUUAAGUAUCCUAGUACUUUAAUUCAUAGUAUACAAAUAUGUUGGAAUUGUACUCAAGGAUUCUUUGCUGUUCUUUUAGGCAAUAUUAUUACAUGCUUUCCAACAUGAUCUACAGGCACAAGGUAAAGCUAUUUUUCCGGGGAACAGAUUGGUGCUAUCCGUUCCCGCCGAGUGGAGCUGAAGAAGUGUACCUCCGCCAGCCACCAAGCGCAGCACAGAUGCCGCUGUGCGAACUCCAUUCUAGGCCCCCUUCCCCAGUGAUCUCCUGUCGCGUGUCAACCCCUGCAGUGCGCUCCCUCCCCUCUCCUCUUCCUCCCACUUCUCUCCCCCAAAACCCUAACGCAUUCGCCGUACUCUGGCUGACCUGAGCCUUUCAGUGCCCACACUUCCCAUCCUUACAUAUGAAAAAGUUCCCAAGGAUAUCUCAGAACGGCAUUUACUGCUUUUGGACCCAGUUCUUGCUACAGGUAUGGGUGAGUUUGGAGAUCGUUACUUUGGAACAGAUGACUGAUCCAUUUUUGGCGAGUACAGAUUGUUCCCAGUAUGUCUUCCACAAUAUUCUGAAAAGACAAUUGGGCUAUUGGUUUUUAACCAUGUAAACCAACUGCCAGCUAAGCCCGGGGACAGCAUCAAAUGUUUCAAGCUUUCAGCGUAAGUCAAGUACAAUAAAUGAAUUUCGAAUCAUUGGUUGCCUUCAUGCUUCUUUAAAUUCUUCUUUCUUUUAUGAUUAAUAUAAUGGAUAUUGUCAAUGUAUCAAAUCUGCUGGUACUUGAACUUAAUUUUUCUUGUGAAGAGUUGGAUGAUGUUUGCCACUAAACUUGUUUUCUUCAA